AAUCAGGCAACAUCUGCAGCGGGCAGACAGCAAAGCGCGGGGGUCUGCCUUUAUUCUACUCUAUUUUCUUUUAUUCCAUUCUCCUCUCACUGGAUAAUAAAAACACCGCCGGAGCAUCUUUGACACGUUUGACUUGAAUGUGACUCAGCAGCCAACUCUAGGCUGGAUUUAAUCCGCAGAUAUUCUGGGUAAGAAAUGUUUUUAUUCAUUUUAGUUUGAUUCUAUCAGCUGAUAGGAGGCACACUGCUUGGAUUGGUGCAUCUUAAUGAGAGAGUUGAAGUUAAAUGAGCUGUGGGAGGUGUUUUUAUAAGUUUGUGUCUGACUCCCUGCAGCAGCGCACCUGUUGGCUCCAAGGAGACCAUGAUCCCUCCAGGAGACUGCAUGUAUGCUGGCAGGAAGAGGAGGAAACCCAUCCAGAAACAGAAGCCGUCUUCGGCUAACGAGAAAAGCAACCCGUCCAAACGGCACCGGGAYCGGCUGAACGCGGAGCUGGACCGGCUGGCCAGCCUGCUGCCGUUCCCCCCGGACGUCAUCUCCAAACUGGACAAGCUGUCGGUGCUGCGCCUCGCCGUCUCCUACCUCCGCGUCAAGAGCUUCUUCCAAGCGAGUCAAGACAAGACGUCCAGGAAGCCCAUCACCAGCCCAGCAUCCUCUAACCCUGAACCCAGGARAGAGAGCCUUCCACUGGGCACGGCCAUCAACGAAAGCAGCCUCCUCUUGGAAACUGAUGUGAUGCACCAGAACAUCUUCGACUACAUCCACAUAGAUGACCGGCAGGAGUUCAGACACCAGCUGCACUGGGCCAUGUGUCCUCCACAACACCAGGGGGGUUCUGGACCACCGGAGAGCCAACUAGCUGCAGGAACGGGUGAUGACUUUGUGCUGAGCAGCAUGUUUAACUCUCCAGAAGCAGGAGAGGUUUCUCCUGAGCUCUCCUGCUUCCUCAACAGAUGUUUUAUCACCAGAGUCCGAUGUCUCCUGGACAGCACCUCUGGAUUCUUGACCAUGCAGUUUCAAGGUCGGUUGAAGUUCCUCCACGGGCAGAAGAAGAAGUCUGCCUUGGGGGCACAAGUUCCCUCUCAGCUCGCCCUUUUCUGCGUCGCUGUACCUCUCUUACUGCCCUCAGUCACUGAGAUGAAAGUGAAAAAUAUCUUAAUGCGGGGCAAAAACAAAGGAGGAGGGAUUAUGGAUUGUGGUGAGCGUGGAGAACACCUGAGGAGACACUCCAUCAAUGGAGGAAUGAGUGACAUCACAGAUCCACCUUUUUCCAAUGCCCAGCGAGGCCACCACACCCCCUGGACUUCUCUCUGCAAAGACAACCUCAAGUACCGUCCUGACGGCUACUACAACCAGGAAGAGCCCCUCAACUACUGCAAGUCCUCCAUGGCCGUCCAUAAAGGUGUCGGGUCUGGCAUGGCAGGUGGGUGGCCCCCAAGACAGAACUUGGGUCUCGUCAGAGCGGCUCAGGAGGUCGGCUACAACCCCUCCACCCGYUUGAACAGGACUGGCCAGUACGGGAAGCCUUACCGCAGAAGGGACGAGGUGUUCGUCUCCAAGCUCUACGGGAACGUCCAGAUCCCGACAGACCCAGAUUUCUUCUGCGUGGACCUGGUGAAGUGCGAGAACGACUACGGAGAAUGCUACGACGGCCACCUAAUGCCCGACAUGCAACCUAUCAAGGUGGAGCACGACUCCGACUCGGAGAACGGGUGCGACACGUACGGACAAAACUGGGCAGUCGACCGUCGUUACAGUAACGGGAUGUACGACCCGAGCUCUGGCUUGCAGCUCAAAUCAGAGGCAGAAUAUUACGACCCACAGUACUCACCCUGUCAGCGAGGAAAAGCAGGAAUUAGCCCGCCGUACAACGGCAGCUACCCAAACUAUGCAGUCAACAACAGCGGGGUCAACGCCACGCGCCUGCCAAAGUGUGGCAAAGACUUGGGGGGCAACGGCGACUCCAGCCAGUUCAGCUCCCAGAAACUCUCUCACUCAGACUCCCUAUGCAACAACCAAUCGGUCAACCUCAUGGACUCUAAUGUCUACUCGCACAAGGCCUAUAUGCAACCGGACUAUAAUAAGCAUUACGAAUUCAAAGGUCACGGCCUGGUCCAUUCAAUUAAACGGGAGCCCAUGGACUCCCCGCCUUGGUCUGAGAAUGGUCACGACAUCAACCAGUCCAUGAUGACCGGUCCAAGGAACGUUAUGCCUUGUGGGAUGAGCACAGGCCACCACAAGUCAAGCCCCUACUCCUAUAUGCAGUGAAAGUGAUCAMAAUCACACAAUUACACAAACAGAUCUGUGCAUUAGGCCUCGUCCACUAUGGGAAUAAUAUUUGGGAAUAAAUUUAAUUAUAGGUUUAGCCUUGUGUCUAAGUGGAAAAAUAUCCGGAAAAGCCAUCAUUAUGUUUUAAUUUGGACAACAAAACAACUUUUUAAAAACUGUCAAAGACUAACCUAACGUCUGACCCCAAUCGUGACAGACACAACAGUAACUACAGUGACAGAUUACACRCUUGUAUUUGAUGGUAGUUUGUCAAUUACAGCAAAACUGUACUGUCAAUAAACAAAGCUGAUAAACAACAACCAUAAAAAUACACUAAAUAAUCUAGAGGUUAAAAAGGUUUUUAUCACUUCAUCAAACUGUUAACACUACGGAGUAAAAUUGUCCAUUGUAUUUUCAUAUUUGGACCGACAUAACUCUCAGUCAGUAGUUAAAUGCGUCCUCAGUCCACAAAACUCAUCAUCCUUGUCCCUUUCUUCUUCUUGUGUUUACGGUUCAAAACAAACUGAUUUCUAACAGAUGUGUAUAUUUUAUCUGCAUUCUCGACGUCUUGUUUCCUGUUGAACUUUUGUGGAAGCGUUACUGCAUCACAUACAGGCCUGGCAUAGUCGCUACAGCACUUUUGGGUUGUUUUCAGGAUUUCAUUUGUAGAAACAAUGCUGUAAUUACAAAAAUAGUUUAUAGAAACUACAAACAAAAUGAUUUUUUGGGGGAAAACAAACUAUUCCCGUGUGGACUAGGCCUUAAAAUUCUUUAUUUUCAUACACAUGCACCAGCAUUACAAGAAAACUUUAGAUAGCAAAACUCCCAGGAUGUCAAGUACUUUUUUUACAUUUAAUCAAAAAGUUUCUAAAAAGGCUCAGGUUCAAGCGUUGGUAUGACAAUCAUAAAAAAAGAUGACUUUCAGUCCAGUUUACGGACAGAAAAUAUUGUUUUUAAAAAAGGUACACAUUUUGUUUGCUAGUUCCAAACACAUUUUGGGAGAAACAAACACUUUUACUGUAAAAACAGUUUUAUACAUAUGACCUAAAUCUACUGUUGGGUUUAUUCAAAAGAACAGGUGUAGAGGUCAGAGAGAACUUAAAGACCAGUUUGAUUGGGAAGAUUUUUGCUUGGUUUCUAGAAACAGAUUGCCAUGGUUAGCAAGACUUUAAUCUUAUGCUUGGUCAAAGGAAAGUGAAGAGAGCAUAUCAAACGAAACAAUCAUUCUUUGAAGGAAUGCAUAAAACUUUGGCCCAAGUUUUGAACAAAGAUAUAUAAACUGUUAGUCCUUAGAUUGUGUUGCGGAUAACUCUACUACUAGCAUACCAACUGUUAGCUUGAUGUCCAUGGAUUGAGUUGUAGUGGCCAUCUUGAAUGGGUUGACACCAAAACUCAAUCAGUAGAUGCAGUUUCUCUACAAAUGAUUGGGUUUUCACUCCAAGUAGUCAAUGUUACAGAUAUUGGGGUAAAUAUUGGUAUGGCAGUAGCUGACAAUCCUUCCCAACACAUACUCUGAAAAUUAGCAGAUUAUAACAACUUUGUUGAAAACGUUGGCUUUUGAGUUACCGGUUGAUGUUUUCCUUUAAAGGAACUGCAUUUUUCCAAAACAUAGCUUGAAGGUUUUUACAAACAAGAUAAAAGUGACACUUUAUAUUUUUAAAGAAGUUUAACUUUAAUUUCUCUUUUAAAAAGCACAAUAGACAAGUUUAUACAGUUUCCAUCAAAGUGUUGUACAGAUGGGAUUAGGUAGGAUCACCAUUUCAGUCCUACAUUUCUUUUGUUUUUUUAGUCUUCAAACUUUGUCAGAAUUUUUGCACAAAUCGAUUGAACGCACCAAAUUUACUCGACGUUAGUCUCAGUUCUGUAAAGCUACUAUAGAAGCUUUUUAAUUGCACUACUGGGAACAGUUUUGUUUUGAAGUCCAGUGUACCCAGACAGGUUUUUUUUUUGAGUCGACACGCAUAAAAAGUACACAGUAUCACUGAUGAUGUGGGGUUUUACUUUUUUGUUCUUAUGUGUGCUGAUGUCAAUACACGUUUGAUGUUUUGUAUUUAUUGUAAAAGACAAAAGUCUAUAAUUUAAAGACUGUAAUUUUGAAGGCUUCCUUGUUUUCCCGACAUUUUAAAAAUGGYGUUUUUUUUCUAAGUAUCUUUUUAAAAGAUUUCUUUAAAAGGACUGACUUGCUUAUCUCAUGGAGGUAGCUGCAAGGUAGCAAACAGUGUAUAUAUGCAGUGUCUUCCAACGUUUCUACCUGUUUUUGCAAAUGGGAGUUAUUGAUUAAAGAUCUUUUAUUAUUAAAAA